GUAUGUCUUAAUUUGGCCAUAACGCAAAUGGUUAAAAGGACGGUUGCUGUGGAAGGUGAUCCUAAUUACGAUCCCGAUGCGUGUCCUGAUCCCAAUGUUGAUCAGACAUCGCAUCCAAGACAUUGGCUAACAUUACAUUGACUAUGUCCCAUUAUCUUCGUCAGGAUACAGGGCCCGUACUUUUCGAAUGGAGCGAAGCAACGCAAGGUCUUGUCCUUAGCGCAUUUUACUAUGGUUACGUGCUUACUCACAUACCCGGAGGUAUUAUUGCUGAACGUUAUGGUGGUAAAUGGGUUCUCGGAUUAGGUCUACUGUCCACUGCUCUCUGUACAUUUAUCACACCUUUUGCUGUUAAAACUGGUGGAGCAACUGCCUUGUUUAUACUUCGUGUUGUUGAAGGGUUUGGAGAGGGGCCAACAAUGCCAGGACUUAUGGCAAUGAUAUCUAAAUGGGCACCAAAAUCUGAAAGGGCUCGUAUAGGAGCAAUUGUUUUUGGAGGCGCACAAAUUGGAAACAUUGCUGGAUCUUAUUUCUCGGGUCUGAUUAUUCAUGCAGGUUCUUGGGAAAAUGUAUUUUAUAUGUUUGGUGGAUUUGGACUAGCUUGGUUUGCUAUUUGGUCUGUACUCUGUUAUAGCACACCAAAUACACACCCAUUUAUAUCGGAUAAAGAGAAAAAAUUCUUGAAUGAAAAUGUACAAGCCCUCAUCCAUAGCGAGAAACAAAUUUUAGAUCCAGUGCCAUGGAAAGCUUUACUCAGAUCUGUACCUUUAUGGUCUUUGAUAAUUGCUGGUAUUGGUCACGACUGGGGCUACUUCACAAUGGUGACAGAUUUGCCUAAGUACAUGACAGAUGUCCUUAAAUUUAACAUUAAGUCAGCUGGAUUACUAUCAGCGUUACCGUACGUCGCUAUGUGGAUUGCUUCGUUUUUCUUUGGUUUGCUAUGUGACUUCUGCACCAAGAGAAAGUAUCAUAGUAUUCAGAAUGCAAGAAAAAUUUACACUACAAUUGCGGCGACUGGACCAGGUAUCUGCAUUAUCUUAGCAUCGUAUUCUGGUUGUGACACUACUCUUGCUGUCUUUUGGUUUAUCGCUGCUAUGACCUUGAUGGGUGCUUACUACAGUGGAAUGAAAAUAAACGCAUUGGACAUAACACCGAAUUACGCUGGUACAACAACAGCAAUGGUUAAUGGAAUUGCUGCUAUUUCUGGCAUCAUUUCACCUUACCUGAUAGGUUUACUCACUCCACAUUCAACUUUGAAAGAAUGGAGAAUCGCAUUCUGGGUUUGCCUUGCCAUUUUGGUAAUAACCAACAUUAUUUAUCUAAUAUUCGCUAAAGGGGAACAGCAAUGGUGGGACGAUGUUAAGAGGUAUGGUUAUCCAGAGAAUUGGAAACACGGUCCUCUGCCAGUGAGACAAAAUGACACAGAAGGAUCAAAGAGUGAAAAAACCAAAGAGACAAUGACUCUCACAGGAUGGAGACUGAUCCUAAACAGGGUAAUAUUUAUACCACAGCGUUAUGUGUUCGGAAUCAUGGGUCUAUUCGCUUUGGCGAAUUCGUUCACGAUGCGGGUUUGUUUGAGCAUAACAAUAGUUACUAUGGUUACCCACGUGCCUGCCACCGAACACAUUCAAGGGGAAACUUGUCCCGAUCCUUCACUUGCGAUAUCAGACGGCUCAAUCAACAAAACUGUCAGCGCUGUGAUUGAAACGGCUCGUCAGAAAUAUGACUGGGAUGAGAAAACUCAAGGAUUAUUGCUCAGUGCAUUUUACUAUGGGUAUGUUUUGACUCAUUUACCUGGUGGCCUCUUAGCUGAGAAAUUUGGAGGAAAAUGGACCCUUGGGUUGAGCUUGCUUAGCACAUCAGUUGCCACCGUCUUAACUCCAUGGGUUGUUAGUAUGUGGGGUGCUGUGGGACUUUUUAUAAUUAGAGUAGUCGAAGGGCUGGGUGAGGGGCCGGUUACUCCAGCGUUUGUCCUUUUAAUGGCUCGUUGGGUACCGCCAUCAGAACGGUCACGAUUCGGUGCUAUGAUAUUCGGCGGGGCUCAAAUAGGCAAUAUCGCUGGCCCAUACAUCUCAGGAUUACUCCUUGCGGAUGGCGGAGAUUGGGCAAAUGUAUUUUAUGUGUUUGGAGGGCUCGGUAUAAUAUGGUUUAUCUUUUUCAGCUUACUCUGCUAUAGUACACCGAAUAGUCAUCCAUUCAUAUCGGAUGAAGAACGAAAUUAUCUGAAUGCUAAUAUCGUUGCUUCUGGUUUGCACAAAAAAUUACCACCAGUUCCGUUUAAAGCCCUGCUUCGAUCCGUACAACUAUGGGUUUUAGUAGCGGCUGCUGUUGGCCAUGACUGGGGCUACUUCACUAUGAUAACGGAUCUACCGAAAUAUUUCUCCGAUGUGUUAAAAUUUAACAUAAAAGACACAGGACUCAUGUCUGCACUCCCAUAUAUUGCUAUGUACAUUUGCUCUUUCAUUUUUGCUUCGUUUUGUGAUCUUUGCAUCAAAAAGAAAUGGCACAGCAUUACAACUGGAAGAAAAAUUUAUACAACUCUAUCUUCAACAACACCGGCUAUUUUUAUUAUUCUGGCUUCGUACUCGGGCUGCGACCGCACUCAAGCGGUGGGAUAUUUCGUGGCAUCUAUGGCCUUUAUGGCGGGUUUCUAUAGCAGCGUAAAGAUCAAUGCCAUGGACAUCGCUCCGAACUACGCUGGUACAUGCUCUGCCUUUGUAAACGGAUUGGCUGCGGUAUCUGGAAUUAUAACGCCAUAUUUGGUUGGUCUUUUGACACCCGAUCAAACACUUCAACAAUGGCGAUUAGCGUUCUGGACAAUUUUUGUAGUACUUAUUGGUACUAAUAUUCUAUAUGUAAUAUGGGGUUCUGGUGAGCAACAAUGGUGGGAUGAUGUGGAUAAACUUGGGUACCCAGAGAAUUGGAAACAUGGACAACUCAAGACCAGACAAGCAGACACCGAGAAGAAAGUGGUUCAUCCAAAGCACGAUCACUCACCGGUGCUGUAGAAAAUAAAUAAAUGCU